AUAUGGCGGCCUCCAUGGCAGGAUCCAGUGAAAAGCCUGUUCUAGAAACCCUAAAUCUGUCCACAUUCAGCGAUGUUGAUGAAGAGGAUGACCCAGCAGACAAAUCUGCUCAACGGGAGGCAACUCUGUCAUGUUCUUGUGCCCUGUGUGACGAGACUUUCAAUAUUGAAGACAAGAAAGACCACCUGCUUGCACAUAUGAUCAUGGCUCAUAAAUUUGUCGUUGCUGACGUUAACCUGAUAGCAGAGUUUAAAAGAUAUAUAUUGUAUUGGAAGAAGAGGUUUAAAGAGGAGCCUUUAAAAGAUUUCUGCACAACUAUCAUCACAAACACAGGAGCGACAGACAAAGCCCCCCGGGAGGAGUUCCUCAUGCUGAGUGAUGUCCUACCUGAAGACAAGCAGCUGCGGGAGUUCCUGCAGAAGAACAAGCUGGAGGAGAUUCUGAAGGUGCAGCAGAGGGAGAGAGAGGACACUCACUUCUCACGCAGCUGCCUCUUCUGCUCCCAGCACUUCCAGGGAAACAGGGCAGAGUUGUUCAACCACAUGGUACAAGACCACGCAUUUAAUGUCGGACAACCAGAUAACCUGGUGUUCACAGAUGAAUUUUUAGAUAUCCUUCAAGGGAAACUGCAGAAGUUCCUGUGUCUCUACUGUGAGAAGACCUUCAGGGACAGACCCACGCUGAAGGAACACAUGAGGAAAAAACAACAUCGGAAAAUAAACCCAAAGAACAAGAAAUAUGACAAGUUUUACAUCAUCAAUUAUCAGGAGAUGGGUCGGAGCUGGGAGGCCAUCCAGUCUGAGGAAGAUGUUGCCGCAGAUGACGCCGCCGAGACGGAGAGAGAGACUGACGAGGAGGAUGAAUGGUCAGGGUGGCUGGAGGAGGCUGGAUCGCAGGCCUUGUGUUUGUUCUGUGAGUUUUCCUCAAGCAUCCCCGACAGACUGCAAGCUCACAUGGUGGAGCUGCAUGACUUUGACCUGCAUGAACUGAAGCUGAAGUUGACCCUGAACUUCUACCAGAAGGUCAAGCUCAUCAACUUCAUCCGCAGACAGAUCCACCAGUCCAUCUGUUACGGCUGUCAGGGAACGUGGGACUCCAGGCACCACCUCCUGGAACACAUGCACUCCAUGAGACACAUCAACAGCAUCCCCGACAUCCGGGUGUGGGAUCAACCUCAGUACUACUUCCCUACCUAUGAGAAUGACAACCUGCUGUGUCAACUUGAUGAUGACGACAGUGAUGACAGAUCCUGCAGCACUGAUGACGGUGCACCGGUCAUUGCUGAAGAUAUCCCGGUGAAGGACACGAUACUGACCGAUGAACAUCUCCGACAAGAAAUACUGUGGUCGUGACCCAUCUCCUUAAAAAAAUACUGUGGUCGUGACCAGUCCCUGACAAGAAAUGCUGUGGUCGUGACCAGUCUCUGAUAAGAAAUACUGUGGUCAUGACCAGUCUCUGACAAGAAAUAAUGUGGUCGUGACCAGUCUCUGACAAGAAAUACUGUGGUCGUGACCAAUCUCUGACAAAAAAUACUGUGGUCGUGACCAAUCUCUGACAAGAAAUACUGUGGUCGUGACCAAUCUCUGACAAAAAAUACUGUGGUCGUGACCAGUCUCUGACAAGAAAUGCUGUGGUUGUGACCAGUCUCUGACAAGAAAUACUGUGGUCGUGACCAGUCUCUGACAAGAAAUACUGUGGUCGUGACCAGUCUCUGACAAGAAAUACUGUGGUUGUGACCAGUCUCUGACAAGAAAUAAUGUGGUCGUGACCAGUCUCUGACAAGAAAUAAUGUGGUCGUGACCAAUCUCUGACAAAAAAUACUGUGGUCGGUACCAAUCUCUGACAAGAAAUACUGUGGUCGUGACCAAUCUCUGACAAAAAAUACUGUGGUCAUGACCAGUCUCUGACAAGAAAUGCUGUGGUUGUGACCAGUCUCUGACAAGAAAUACUGUGGUCGUGACCAGUCUCUGACAAGAAAUACUGUGGUCGUGACCAGUCUCUGACAAGAAAUAAUGUGGUCGUGACCAGUCUCUGACAAGAAAUAAUGUGGUCGUGACCAAUCUCUGACAAAAAAUACUGUGGUCGGUACCAAUCUCUGACAAGAAAUACUGUGGUCGUGACCAAUCUCUGACAAAAAAUACUGUGGUCAUGACCAGUCUCUGACAAGAAAUGCUGUGGUUGUGACCAGUCUCUGACAAGAAAUACUGUGGUCGUGACCAGUCCCUGACAAGAAAUGCUGUGGUUGUGACCAGUCUCUGACAAGGAAUACUGUGGUCGUGACCAGUCUCUGACAAGAAAUACUGUGGUCGUGACCAGUCCCUGACAAGGAAUACUGUGGUCGUGACCAGUCUCUGACAAGAAAUAAUGUGGUCGUGACCAGUCUCUGACAAGAAAUAAUGUGGUCGUGACCAGUCUCUGACAAGAAAUACUGUGGUCGUGACCAAUCUCUGACAAGAAAUACUGUGGUCGUGACCAAUCUCUGACAAAAAAUACUGUGGUCGUGACCAGUCUCUGACAAGAAAUGCUGUGGUUGUGACCAGUCUCUGACAAGGAAUACUGUGGUCGUGACCAGUCUCUGACAAGAAAUAAUGUGGUCGUGACCAGUCUCUGAUAAGAAAUACUGUGGUCAUGACCAGUCUCUGACAAGAAAUAAUGUGGUCGUGACCAGUCUCUGACAAGAAAUACUGUGGUCGUGACCAAUCUCUGACAAAAAAUACUGUGGUCGUGACCAGUCUCUGACAAGAAAUAAUGUGGUCGUGACCAGUCUCUGACAAGAAAUAAUGUGGUCGUGACCAAUCUCUGACAAAAAAUACUGUGGUCGGUACCAAUCUCUGACAAGAAAUACUGUGGUCGUGACCAAUCUCUGACAAAAAAUACUGUGGUCAUGACCAGUCUCUGACAAGAAAUGCUGUGGUUGUGACCAGUCUCUGACAAGGAAUACUGUGGUCGUGACCAGUCUCUGACAAGAAAUAAUGUGGUCGUGACCAAUCUCUGACAAAAAAUACUGUGGUCGUGACCAAUCUCUGACAAGAAAUACUGUGGUCGUGACCAAUCUCUGACAAAAAAUACUGUGGUCGUGACUAGUCUCUGACAAAUACUGUGGUCGUGACCAAUCUCAUGUACAUACAUUGUCCAUAGAUAAUUUAUUUGCUUGUAAAUAUACAGACAGGGGAACCUGCAUGUUACAACUUGUCAUCUGUCCAAAUUAAACAAAACGAAAACAAAACAAA